AUGUCUCCGGUUAAUCCCUUCCUUGAAGACAGCGACGACGAGUACUCUUUCGGAAAUCAAAAUCAAGCCAAAGCCGAAUCGAAGAGGUCCAACCUUCUCAACGAAGCCAAAACCAUAAGCCAAAGAAAACUCGAGUCAACUCAACGCCAAUUGAGUCGUCAGGGAGAACAACUCAGAAAUAUUGACUCCAAGCUGGAAUCGAUGGAGGAAAACCUCAAAGACUCACAAAAAAAUAUUGAUGGAAUGGGUAGUUUUUUCCGCAGUUUAUUCUCCUUCAAAAAAUCAGCACCUUCCGUUUCUCCUGUGAGGAAGGAGUCUGAGAAACCUUUGACUCAGACUGGUGUAACCCAUUCUGUCGUGGAGGAGACUGGUGAUUUGGAUUCGAAUGUUGGACUGAUUUCAUCGGGUGUUAGCAGACUGAGGGGAUUGGCUCUCGGACUGAAUGAAGAAAUUGAACAGCAAAAUAAACAACUCGAUAAAAUUAAUAAUCGUUCUGCGAUGGUGAAUCAUCAACUCAGCACACAGGAGACAAAAAUUAAAAAACUAAUGAAAUGA